AUGCCUGCCAGGACUGGAAACCAUAAAACGAAUAAUGCCCGCCACGCGCGUACGACGUCCUGGUCGAGUGGCUUCCAUUUCACCCAAGGCACCGAAUCAUCCGAACACGCCCAAGGUCGCCGCCGACGCGAGUCCAAUACCUCCCUCGCCGGUCUUGAAGAACGCUCCUCCUCCCCCGACUCGCUCGCCAUCGAUGAUAAUAUGUUAAGGAAUACCUCGAUGGAUCUAGGUGGUGAUCGCAAAACACAACAUGUGCGCGGCCGCUCCAUUAGCCACGGCCUGCCACAAAUCGCUUCGCUACAGGCGUACAUGUUUUAUCAGCUCAAGUCUUUCGACCCGAACCUCUCCGACUCAGAUGUUGCGACCCAGGCGGGAAUUCUCCAGGGUGCUUUUACCGCCGCUCAGUUUGCGACGGCGAUCCCCUGGGGCCGUGUUGCCGAUGCUGAGUGGGGUGGUCGGAAGUUCGUUCUACUUGUUGGUUUGAUUGGUACUGCGGUGUCUUGUCUAGGUGUCGCUUAUUCGACGUCAUUCGCGCAGGUCGUGUUUUGGCGCUCGUUUGGUGGAGGCAUUAACGGCACUGUUGGUAUUAUUCGAACUAUGAUUGCGGAGAAUGUUAAAGAGAAGAGAUAUCACUCGCGCGCUUUCUUGAUUUUGCCUAUUGGCUUCAACAUAGCUUCGUUGUUUGGUCCUGUGAUGGGUGGCAUGUUGGCUGAUCCCGUUAAGAGCUAUCCCCGUCUCUUUGGUCCCAAUUCCUCCUUCGGGGGUGCGAACGGAGUGCAAUGGCUUGAGACGUACCCCUAUGCGCUGCCAAUGUUCGCGAACUUCUGUUUCCUCUCUUCAACAGCAGUUUUGGUUGGGUAUGGAUUAGAGGAGACCUUGGCAUCUUGCAAGGGCAAGCCUGGCCUGGGCACAUUCGCUAAGAAGCUCCUUGCGCGCGCCAUGAAGACCGCAGUCCCCUCUUCGUCGUCAUUGUACACAAGGCUCCCGCUCCAUGACUACGAAGAGGAUGGGUCUUUGCUGGGCCAGCCCAUGGACCGCUCGGAGAGCUACGAGCUCGAAGAAAAGGCGCACAAACCUGUCCGCGUCCAACGUGUGUUGCCUUUCCGAAGAAUGUGGACUAAGAACGUGUUGUGCACACUCGGCGCACAGGCUUUCUUCGACUUCCAAAUGGGUGCCUUCAACAACCUCUGGCUACUCUUCCUGUCUACUCCUCGCUAUGACGCCAAUGACCCCGCGAGUCCCGCCCAGAGCUUACCAUUCGCCUUCACCGGCGGACUGGGCAUGCUCCCGCAGAGCGUUGGUUUCGCGACUGCAAUUUUGGGUGUGAUUGGUAUGAUCCUUCAAUUCACUGUCUACCCUACAAUCAACGGCCACCUAGGUACAGCCAAGAGCUACCAGUAUUUCCUCUCUCUUUUCCCCAUCGCAUACUUCAUUGCACCCUAUAUCUCGCUGGCUCCAUCUACAAUUCCCCCUCCUGGCCAAGCCAACGGCCCUUGGGUCUGGUUUUGGAUCAUCAUCGUCCUCUUCUUCCAGGUCACUGCCCGAACUUUCACUCUUCCCACCUCUAUUAUUCUGCUGAACAACUGCUCACCGCACCCAUCGGUCCUCGGCACUAUCCAUGGAGUUGGCCAGUCCGUCUCGUCGGCCUUCCGUACCAUUGGACCUAUCUUUUCAGGUGCAUGGUACGGAUAUGGCUUGGACGUUGGCAUGAUCGGCUUCGCCUGGUGGAUGAUUGCAUUGGUAUCCGUGUUUGGCUGCCUUGCAGCUAUCUUCGUAUAUGAAGGUUCUGGACAUGAGAUUCUCCUUCCUGGAGAACAAGAAGAGAUCUGA